CCGGGGCGGGUCCCAUGCGGUGAUGCGGAGAUGAAUUGACAUCCCUGCAGUAGCCUCAGUAGACACAGAAGCGAGCGCAGCAGCGCGUCGGCCCUGAGCUGCUGUCCCUCCUUUGCUCUAGCCUGCUCUGCAGUCAUUCAUUGCUCCUGGAGUUAAGAUCGCCGCGGGAGAGAGAGCGAGAAAGCUGCUUUUUGCUUCCCUGCGGAGAAAUUGCUGAUGUGUUUUACAGUGGAGAAGAGAAAUCGCGCCAGGCACAAACCAUGAAUUACGUUGGACAGUUAGCAGGGCAAGUCUUUGUGACAGUGAAGGAGCUCUACAAAGGAUUAAAUCCGGCCACGUUGUCUGGGUGCAUUGAUAUCAUUGUUAUCCGCCAGCCCAAUGGAAACCUCCAAUGUUCACCUUUUCACGUACGCUUUGGAAAGAUGGGAGUUCUACGUUCUAAGGAAAAAGUGACUGCCAUCCCACACAAGCCAAAAGAAUCCAGCACCUCAGUGGCUGUGAAUCAUUCUGGAAGCACUCACUUUCGAGUCAUCCAGAGCGCUGAUACGGAAGAGAUGCACCACCUCCCUUCCUUGCCUGACCUUGGGCAGGAUGAGACUGUCUUGGUUGUGGAAGACCCGGAUGAAACAUCCCAAACGGAUAUAGAGACUUUAGGGGCAGCAGCCCUUCCACAUCUGGCUGGGGAAGAAUUGAAACCAGCCACAACGUCCUUGAUGCAGCCAGCCGGCAAAACAGAUUCUCCCUCCAAAAAAAAGG